AUGUCUGUCACAUCAGUAAAAGUGCAGACGACCGGGAGUGGUUGUGGAUUGCGAGGCACUAUGUACCACAGUAACGAAAUCAACUGCUAUGGAUGUAACAGUACACACACGGGCGGGAACAAGAUGGGCUGGAACAGGAAGAGGAGAACGAACUAUCUUUCGGAUGCCACCAGGCCACCAGCGUUAAUUGUUCAAAUGGUCAAAUUUCGUCAAUUUGUCAAUGGGGUCUCCUCGUCCAGCUGUUGGAGUUGCCCGUGGGCCGGCCAACCGGCUCUGGCCGCACAGUGGCAGGGGAGUACAGCCAUGUCUAACUCUACUUCUUUCUCGUCGAUACGCAAGUGCAUUUAUUAUUUCUUAUACCCAUUUCUUCGUGAUGGACACCUACGCUGUAUCCGAUAUCAUCUUCCUGUCUGCCCUGUUGAGAUAUAUUAUCGAAUUAAGAAACUGACAGCAUUCCCCCCUCCAAAAUAUCAUGACCGAAUGAUUCGUCCAUCCCAGCUCAUCAACCUCGUGCUCCUCUAUCCCAUCGAACGAGUCUGCGCUCUGGAACUCGCGGAAACCGCCGAAGAUGAACUGCCACCACUCAAUCAACUGCAGAAAAAUAUAGUGAGGAGAGGUAUCACUGGUUUGCAACUUUGCCAAAACGACAACCCCUUGGUUAGUAGCAUGGCCGGUGUGCGUAAUGAUGAGCGAGACGCAAGCAAUGACUUAAAUUUCCAGAACAGAAAGAAGAGCCCGAAAACGUUCGAAAAGCUGGCCGGCACGGAGACACUCAACAUAAAGGGCGAUACGAGACAUCAAACCUGCUGGAAGUCCUUCUAUGAAGACGAUAUUGCCGUAUAUAAUGAUGCCCGCGACUGA